UUUAUUAUGGCUACUGAGAAUUUAGGGUUUUAGAAAGAGCUUUUCCUGAAAAUCUCCGGUUGAUAUUCUGAUUCAGGAUGCAGCGGACGAUCACAAUAUUGCGCGGUCCUCUGGGCAGAGGCCGAGCGUUUACAUCCACCUCUUCGUCUUCCUCCGACAAAAUCGUUGCGUCCGUGCUCUUCGAGAGGCUGCCCGUUGUUAUUCCCAAAAUUGACCCCGUCGUUUAUGCGUAUCAGGAAUUCGCGUUCCGGUGGCGACAGCAAUAUCGGCGCAUAUAUCCUGAUGAGCUUUUAGACAAGUCUAAUGCUAGGGGAAAAGGUGACUACCAGAUAGAUUAUGAACCUGCUCCGCGGAUCACUGAAGCUGACAAAAAGAAUGAUAAAAAGUCAUUGCAGAGAGCCCUUGACAGAAGACUAUAUCUUCUUCUCUACGGAACCACUGAUGGAUCUGCUGGAAAAUCAGUCUGGCAUUUUCCAGAAAAAGUUUACCAGUCUGAAGAGACACUGCGGAAGUGCGCAGAAUCUGCAUUAAAAUCAGUCUUGGGAGAUCUGUCACACACGUACUUUGUUGGAAAUGCUCCCAUGGGCCAUAUGGAACAGACAGCAGAGAAUAUUAAGCAAUUCUUUUUCAAGUCUCAAGUGAUUGCAGCGAACAAGUUGAACAUUGGGAAGUGCGAGGAUUUUGUCUGGGUGACCAAGGAUGAAUUGAUGGAGUACUUUCCUGAGCAGGCUGAUUUCCUUAGCAAGAUGAUCAUUAGCUGAAUUCCAACAACUGUGUUCUGUUCUUGCAUAAGGUUUUUGCAAUUCAGUUGAAAAAUGAGCAUGGACUCUUGGCGGAAGAUUAAAGCUGACAUGGAAUUGUAGGCUACAAUGCCGAAAUUGAAAUUUGCCCGUGUUCAUGCUUUUAGUAGCUGAAGCUAGCUCAGCGCUUGAAUUUUUUGAAUAGUUUCUUUUGAGUUAUGUUGUUGAAUCGGAGCUGUUCCGUGUGGCCUUCUCAUUUGGAUCAGUGCUGUUUGUCAAUGUAAUUUUCCCGCUUUCUUCUAAUAAUUUGUUGCUGCAAUUCA